AUGCGCAAAACUUCCGGGAGUCGUCUGAAGCCCGUGGCAGACUCCUUGGAGACGGUGGGCUUCGUAUCGAAAGGAGACCGGAAAUUGCUAGACCACAAAGCUCAAAAGGAUUAUUAUAAAAGUAUUGUUGAGAGAUACAUGGAGUUCUGCGCCCUUCAUGCGAAGGAUUUGGACGCCGCCUGGACAUCCCUCCCCAGGAGCGCUUCGGAUGACGCAACCAAGAACCCGCCUGCUUCCUUACCCACGAAACCAACAGGAACAUCCACUCCUUCGGCAGCAUCAGAGUUAUCUACUAUCCUUCUCUCCCUCAGAAAGCUCCGGGAGGCCGUCCUGGCCACUGCAUCCGCAAUCCCUAUCAUCUUCUCCCAACAGGUUCACCUCUUCUCCGUUAAGAUUGCCAUCCGAGCCCAACAUCCUCCAUCGUAUACUCCCUCCCUCCGAUACCUCAUGGAAAAGCUCCAUACUUCGUCGCAUCCACUUCCAGACUCUGAUCUGAAGGAGGUUAUAUCGUACCAAAUCCUUGAUUCUGCUUGCCGCCAACAGGACCUGGGUGCCGCUUAUGAGCUGCGUGCGCGGGCGCGCAGCCAAUAUGCAUUCAAUUCGUCCAUGGUCGAUGAAAUCCUGCAUGCGCUAGCACAUGAUGACUGGGUUAUAUUUUGGCGGAUUCGUAGGGGAGUAGAUUCCAACAUCCGCGCCGUCCUCAACUGGGCUGAGGAACGGGUUCGAAGGCACGCGCUCAAAGCUGUGGGUAAAGCUUAUCUCAAUGCCGAUAGCAAGUGGAUCACAGAAGGUUGUACCGGAGAGAAGGAGUUGACGUGGGAGAAGCUGGUGGAAUUGGAGAAGCUCGGAUGGGAGAAAGAGGGUGAUAGGAUUAUCAUUAGGAGGCCCAAGCAGAAACCCCCCGUCAAUCUGACCCCCAUCAAGGAGGCUUUGUGA